AAAAAGUUUCGGAACGAGGGUUUUUAAAUGUCGUCAAUUCACUACAAGUUCCGUGCGGAACUUGAUUACAAGACACUGCAGUUUGACGGACUGCAUAUUCGUGGCGAGCAACUUGUCCGCGAAAUUUGUGCCAAGGAGAAUCUCAAAUUGGAACUCUUCGAGUUGCAGCUUCAGAAUGCUCACACAAAAAAGACAUACAGCGACGAUGAGCUGAUCCCGAGAAAUUCGUCUAUAAUAGUUCAACGAUUCCCUCGGAAGGACGCCGCAAAAGUACAGAAAGUCCAAGCUGGAGUGAAUUCUGGUAUGGUUAAUCAGUUGGAUGCUACUUCUUCAUUUCUUGAUCCAAGUUCUCAUAUUUCAUCGGCAGAAUUUGAAAACAUGGACGAAGCAGAACGUCUCAAUCAUAUCAGAGACCAGUCGACAAGAGCAUACGAUCAAUCAAACUUUCGUCGCCGUCAGCCAGGCAUUAUGACAGGACCACCUCCACCAACAUAUACAUGUAAUCGUUGUAGUCAACCAGGACAUUGGUACAAAAACUGCCCGAUGCUCAACACAAAACGUACCACUGGUAUACCAUCUCAAGAGUUGAUGGAAACAACGGUAGAUGAUCCGGACGCAAUGAUGCAUCCAAGCGGAAAGUAUGUCAUACCGAUAAUGCACUGGAAAGCUCGCCAAGAAACGCUAGCAAGAAAGAACGAAGACGGAUCGUCAUCCCCUGCUCAAACUAGUCGAAAAGUUCCUCCAGAAUUGCUUUGUCCGAUUUGCCAAUCACUUUUCAAAGAAGCAAUUGUCACAUCCUGUUGUGGAAAUUCAUAUUGUGCAGAUUGUAUUGAGGCUAGGAUAUUGGACCCGGAUAAUCAGAAAUGUCCAGGAGCUGAUUGCGGAAAAGACAUCUCCAUUACAAGCAUAAUUCCCAAUAAAACUCUUCGUGACGCGGCAGCCGCUUGGCUCAGUGCAACUGGUCCUGGAGCACCGACAACGCCUCAAAUUGUUCCGGAGCCGGAACAAAUCCGGAUUCGAAUCGGACUAAAAGCUCCGUCUAGUUCACAAUCACAGAUAACUCCUUCUGGAAUCUCACCAGGAAGUACUUUAGUACAACAGCAAACGACGUUAACAUCAGUCAGUUCAGGGACAUCACUUAGUGCUCAGCCUUCCAAUGUGAAUCCGUCAAUUCCUGGCAUCCCAUUGGCUUCACAAGUUCCAUCGAUGGUUCAGGAUGUCAGCCUCCCUCCUCCUCAACUCCGCCAAGAGCUUCCUCCGGGUAUUCCCGGUCUUCCACAAUUUGGACUUCCUCCACCGGGGGUUCCAGGUCUUUCAGCGACCGUGCUACCACAGCAUCAAUCAAUGCCUCUCAACUAUGGGAUGCCAUUGUUUUCUGCCGGUUUCCCACCAGCCGUCUCAUCAGUUCCUCGUCCAUCUGCCAUUUCCGAUGAAUGGAAUGCAUUCCUUCAAAAUAAAGAUAGAAAUAGCAGCAGAAGGGAUCACAAAGAUCGGACGAGACGAAAGGAUCGACAUGAUUCUAGAAGUCGUCGGAGACGAGACAGCUCAUCAUCGUCUAGCAUGUCAUCGUCCUCAUCUGAUGAAGAUGAACGUCGUCGUAAGCGUCGUGAAAAGGAGUCAUCCAAGAAACGGCGAAGUGUUGAAAAAGAACGUCCAAGACGCGCGGAUGAGCAUCGAAGAGAUAGAGAUAGAGACCGUGAGCGUGAUCGUGAUCGUAGCCACAGAGACGUUAGAAGCAGCGGAAGAAGCAAGGAUAUAAAAGCGUCUUCAUCACAUCGUAGAGAUCGUGACGACGCUAGAAGAAAGGAUAGAAGGCGUGAUGAUGUAAGGAAAAAAGAAAGGCGAGAGAAAAGAGAGGAAGAAGAUGAUGAUCAAAAAACCAAGGAUGCUGAGUCGAAGGACGAAGAUGAGAUCGACAUCGACGGUAUCAUUGCUGAAUAUGGUAACGUCCAGGCACAAGACACAGAUGGAGAUGCACAAGUUGCUGAUGAGAAUGCACAGAACGAUGAAGAUUCAACUUCUCCGAAAGAAGAGAGCGUGUCUCCAAAACCUGAUGAAACUCACGAGGAAGAUGCUGACGAGGAACCAGUUGACGAAGAAAUGGACACAGAAGUAGUUGUACGUGACAAGUCAAUUGAUCCCGUAUAUCAAGCAAUGGAGACGAGUGAAGCUGAAGUGGCGGAGACAAAAGAGGAAUCAGUACCAGUUGAGGAAGAUGAGGAACCUGAAAAUCACGAUGAAGAUGUGGAAGAUCACAAAAAAGAGAAAGAAUCACAAUCGUCUACUAUUAAUACAGCAGAUGAAGAUGACGAAAGUUCCAAGAAAAUGAAGAAACACAAAAAAAGUAAAAAGAACAAGAAACAUCAUCGGAAAGAGGAAGACGGUGAUGAGGAUGAGGAACGAAAACGGAAGAAGCACAAGAAGCACAAAAAAGAGAAAAAGUCAAAGAAGGAGAAGAGAGAUGAGGAUGAGGAUGAUCUUGAUACCGAAAAGAAAGAAAAAAAGAAGGAAAGAAAGUAUCAGGAUGAUAAAGAUGAGGAUUCUAAUAGAAAAGAGCCAAGAUCUCUAGAUGAUGAGGACAAAGUGGAGUUGGACAAAAAUUUUGCUGACAAAAAAGAAAAGAAGAAAGGAAAAUGGAAUGAGGAUGAAGAGGACAUCUUCGAGGAUAGAAAAGAGGAGCUUCCUAAGGAAUCCGAUCGGAGAGACAGGAAAGACCGUAGACAUGAUGAUGAGGAUGAUCGUAAGGAACGUCGGCAUGAAAGAGAUUCUCAAAAAAUUGAUGAGCAAGAUAGAAAGAAAGAGAGAAAGCGAGAUCGAGAGACCGAGGCAUAUGACAGUGAUAAAUUGCAGGCCCCCAAGACAAAGGUGAAGCGUGAAGACAAGAAGCGUGACGAUCGGAAAGAUUAUGAACGGGACAGGGAACGCAGGAAGGAUGACUAUGAAAAGGAGAAGAGUAAAAGAAAGGAGAGUGAUCGGGAUAAUGAAAAAGAGAAACAACGCGAGAAGGAAGUGGAAAAGGAACACGAGAAGGAUCGCAAAGAGAAGCGGAAAAUCGUUGAGAAAGAGUCUGAGAAACCACGAAAAUCGGUUCAUGAGCGUAUGCAGAAAGCUGACUCAUCCACUUCUUCAAGCUCUAGAACUACUACUGCUCCAUCACUUGAACGAAAACCUGUCUCGUUUACUGUUGCUUCGAGCAAACCAACGACAAACAUCAGAGUUCGUCAAUACUCGUCCUCAUCAUCAACCAAGGAACAAGAAGAUGAAGAACGGUCGAAGCGGGAUCGCCGGAAGAAGGACGAAACUGACGUGGAGAGCAUUGGGGAAAAGGAGAAGAAAUCUUCGUCUCGAAAAGUUCCAAAGGAGAGUGUAGAUGUCAAACACAAGAGUACCAAGAUUAAAUUUGAUCUUUUGUAAUCAUUUUUGUAUCUAUAUUUGAGUUAUUAAUUAUGUUCCAUCCUAUUAUUCGUUUUUCUCAUAUUCCCCCCUAUUUUUCUAGUUCUUCUUAGAGGGAACCACAUCUACUGUGACUUUGAUUCUCUUUUUUCACCAUUAUUUUUUUUUUCUAAAAACGCUUCCAUUUUUAUUCAUUUUUCGUCCCAUCUGUGGAAUUAUUCUGUUUUUUUUUCACUUUUCUUGUUCCUGUUGGAAUAAAAAUUCCGUUU